AUGUUAUCUUCUCAAUUAUUUAAUUUAUUCAUUUUAUUUGGAUUAAUAAAUUAUUCUUAUGAAUUCAAUGUGAGAAAUAAUCAUAAACAACGUUAUAAUAGAGAUGCAGGCAGGGGAGAAGGAGGAAUGAUGUUUAGUGGAAUGCCAAGUGAAAACGGAGAACAACACGAGAACCAAUGCAAUCAAGAAAUCGAACAAAAUAAACGAAGUAUAGAUGAUGUAUGUAACGGACUAAUGCAAUCUACUAAUGAGAUGGCUAAUGUUGGUUCUCAAGAUAUAUCAUGUGGAACACACUGGACACAAACUCAAAGUAGAUUACGUGAAGGAAUUCAAGUAGUUAUGAACGCUUACCAAACAUUUAUUACAUUACAUCAACAAACAUGUCAAUCAAUUGAAGCUUUUGCUAAUGACAUGAUUUUGCAAUAUAAACGUGAAUUAGAGGCUAUUGAUCAAAUGUCAGCUCCCACAGAAAAUACUGAUAUAAAUAGUGACAGUUGGAAAAACUUUUUUGUUAGAGUUCCAAGCAUGAUAAGUUACGCAAGAGCGCAUCAACAAACACUUAGAACAGCUGCUGAUUGUACUGGAGAUUUAAUGACAAAUACUGUAAGUUUUCGUCGAACAGUAUUUCCACUUCAACAAGUUGUUCCAAUGAGAGUUAUUCGAAUUUAUCAAACUUCCGGUCCUGCACAGAAUUUAUUUCAAAACCACAAUAUUAAUUGUAAUGAAGAGUCUGGAUACAACGGUUGUCAUUCCUGUGCAAACAGUCUUACGAGAUUAGUACGUACUUAUAUGAAUCCAGCAUGUAAUGCAUGUCCGCAAGCAUCAAUGCAACCGUCGAAUUACAAUCAAUUUCAAUUUCGACUUAUGAAAUAA